AUGGCGCCAAAGCAGACAAAGAAGGACGAGCAGAACAAGCAACCGAAUGACAAGAAAGAAAACUUCAUCAUGAAGUACCGGCUAUGGGCCAAAAGCGCCCUGGCGCCAUACCCGGCGGAGGACGGAAGCCCUUUGUACACGGGCGACUUGGAAGCAGAAGCCGUUCUGUGGACCAACUGGAAGCACCGCGGCACUUUGACGGCGGUGAGUGAUGUGAAGCUGGCCAUGCUGGAUGCACAAGGUUUCUUCGACCUUUGCCAACGCUUCAUGCGACGGAGCGAAGCAGCCCUGAAGAUCUUAGGACAUCGACACUUCAUCCUGGCUGUUUCUGGCCCCAUUUUGAUGCUCGUGGGAGGAUUGAUCGGGCGAGGAGGAGCUGGUACUAAGGAGGUGCAGAUGCUGACAGGCACCAAAAUUGGAAUUCGCGAGAUUCCUGAUGAUCCUGACAAUCGCUCUCUGAACAUUGCUGGACCCUUAGCGAAUACGUGUGCUGCCUACAUGUUGAUGAUGAAGCGAUACCUGGACUCUGAGGACGCUUUGGGGGAGCCAGAGAUGGCUGCCAGCUGCGUCCUCGAGUACUGCCAAGCCUGCGAGGUAGGCGAUGAGCCGGGCAGCGAAACCGAAAAACCGCCACGUCGACCACGGCUUGGAGGCGACAAAGGGCGCCCAGGUAGAAACUCUGAAGACGAGCGGCGCAUCGAGGAGCUUCAAGAAAAGUUACCGCAGCUGCAGGCUUUGCUGGAUGAGUUGAGAUAUGCCAAGCAACCAGUGCAGCGCACGGUGCAGCAGGUGAAACAAGCAGGCACCAGGUUGGACAGAGCAUUGGUCCUGGAGACGCGUCUGGGUUUGCUGGAAAAUCGCCAGGUCAGAGAGGUGGAGUGGACCAUCUCAGAGUAUUCCAGCCUCUUGGAGAACUGUCCCAAGGGCCAAUGCAUCAUGAGUCCCACCUUUUCUGCGGCGGGCAUUGCCAACAUGCAGUGCGGUGACCCGGAGAUUUUCGCCAUGAAAGACGAACAGCAAGGCUAUCGAAUCGUGCAAAACUGGUGUCAGUUAGAUGAUCUGGAUGUCUUCUUGAACAAUGCACGGCAGCUCCAGCUCCCGGACUUGCCUCCGCUGCCGUCGGAAGAGCGACGCUACGAAGAGGUGAGUUUGCCUCUCCCCCCGCUUGACAGCGCUGAUGUCCUGGAGGCACAGCUGCAGAAUGUCGAAACUUUCCUGGCCGAGAUGCCACAUGGCGUAGCCGCGGCGCAGCAGCAGCCCGGGGCGAGCCAUGGCCGCCGACGGCGAAGGCCAUUGGAAACACGGCGGCAGCAGCUGCACCAAGUGCACCAAGGCCUGAAAAAGCUGCUGUGGCAACCCCUUCGGCAGGGCGCUUGUGGCUCCGUGACGCUCCAAGCGGUCCAAGUGCCGUUCCAAGCGCCGUUCCAAGGGCCGGCCCUCGGGGCGCUGAGGCGAGGGAGCUGGCUUUGUUGA